AGCGAGGAGACUUCUUUGCCCUGGAUCUUGGAGGGAGCAAUUUCCGUGUUCUCCUGGUACGGCUCCUGGAAGGGGAAGUGAAGAUGGAGAGUAAGACGUACGCCAUUGAUCAAAAGUUCAUGGUCGGAACGGGAGACCAGCUGUUUGAUUACAUCGCAGAUUGUUUGAAUGAAUUCAAGAAAGAACAGGACCUUCUCAACAAGAGUUUACCUCUCGGCUUCACAUUCUCCUUUCCUUGUAGACAAAAGAGCCUUAAAUCAGGAAAACUCACAACAUGGACCAAAGGUUUCAAAGCAUCUGGCGUAGAAGGCCAAGAUGUGGUGGAGCUUUUAAACGAGGCCUGCAAAAGAAAAGGUGUGGCGAUCGAUGUAAUAGCCCUUGUUAACGACACGACAGGAACUCUCAUGUCAUGUGCAUACUCUGAUCACAAUACAUAUGUUGGUCUUAUUCUAGGUACUGGCACCAAUGCCUGUUACAUGGAAGACGUCAAUAAAGUCGGAACGUGGGCUGGUGAUGGAAACGCAAGGGAGACCAUCGUCAACAUGGAGUGGGGAGCAUUCGGAGAUAACGGCGUCCUUGAUGACAUUAGGACAGAAUAUGAUUUUAAUGUAGAUAGAACUUCACUCAAUCAAGGAAAACAACUGUACGAGAAGAUGAUUUCAGGUAUGUACCUUGGCGAGAUUAGCAGGCAGGUCAUGGUUAAACUGGUCCAGGCCAAACUACUUUUCAACGGAGUCUCCUCGACAAAGCUAGAUACAGCAAACUCCUUUGAGACGAGGUUCCUCACAGACAUUGAAAAUGACGACUCCAACAACGGAAUGGUCGUCACCGAGAUCCUCAACAAACUUGACCUUAAUCCCUCAAUAGAUGACAUCAUGCUCGUCAGAGCUGUCUGUCAUUCCGUAGCAAAGCGUGCUGCUCGCUUGGCCGUCGCUGGUCUGGCAGCAGUCACCAAGAAGGUCCACCGGGAGAACCGACCUGAGGUGACCAUCGGGAUCGACGGAACACUCUACAAGAAGCACCCUCUGUUCAAGAAAGAGAUGGAGGAGAUGAUGAAACAGCUGGUUCCCGGUGUCAAGGUCAAUUUCAUGCUUUCGGAGGACGGCAGCGGAAAGGGCGCCGCUCUCAUCGCUGCAGUAGCAUGCAGGCUACACAACAACAAGGCUCAUUAAUGUAGUUAGGGUUAGCCAAUCAAGAUGCUCUGGUGACAUUCAUCUACGGCUUUAUCAUCAAGGAUGAAAGAACAUCCAUAUACUGUACUAUCAACAACAGCAUUCGUACUUCCAAGAUGAAGGCCCCAAAGACUACUCUUGUAACAUCAUCCCACAGGUCACACUUUCGAUAAAACUUAUAAAACUUCAGGAAGCUUGUCCAAGGCAAGUGUUUUCCUCUUACUGGAUGCUAUCUGUGACCUGAAGGUGAACAGGUCAAAGACAGCAUUUGUAGGCAAUGGUGCUUUGGUCAUGCUUUGGUUUGGUUUUAUGUUAGAGUUUGACCAAGUGGGGCCUUGGUUGCAGUUGGGAAUUCAGUCAGAGACCUCAGGAUGAAUGUUACCGAAUCAUGCAUCUAGAAUGUCAAUACAUGUAUAGUGAAAGGUGGAAGGUGAAAAGUCAGCUUGUGCUUCCUCAAGGGGCCAAAGGUCAAUGGCAAAUGAAGUAAUAAGGCUAUUAUGGCUUCCAACUAGUACUGGGGUUAAAGUUCUUCUGACAUCUGACCGGAUUCUGAAUGCAGAUUUCUUUUACGAUUCUACCGGAUCAUUGAUCACAUCUAUCGCCACAAGCCUGUUUCUUAAAUCUAGUUACAAGCAGUGCAGUAACUGUGAUCAAUGACAACGAUGCCUAAUUGAUUUGACUGCAAGGAAGGAAGCUCAUACGAUUGAUCCGCUGGAACUGUUAUUCUUAGUAGGGUUUUGAAACAGGGUUCCUUUUAGUAAUUUCAAUUCAAACCAUUCAAACAUUUCAAAAAUAAUCCCCUCCAAGAGCACAAGUUGAUUUAGUUAAAAGUGGCUGAAACGUACUCCUUUAUUAUACAUUUGGCCAAGCUAAUUAAAUAUGUAUUAUAUGAUUGUGAUAUGUUGUAUGUGAUGCAGUUUUUAAGUUGCCGUAUGAAAAGGGGGUUUGUAGUAAACUAUGGAGAGAAGAGCACCAAGUCAGAUUUUAAGUUUGUAUUCUAUUGCUACAAUCUCUUAUGUUGUAUAUUAAAACAUUACCCACAGGCUAAAAGUUAUUUUCCAGGCAGUGUAUAUGUGUGGGUUGGAGUAAGGAUGUAAAUGUUAGAGGCGAUGUUUCAUAAAUAAUAUUUAAACAGGGUUUGGAUAUAUGUAAUAUUAAAAGGUGGAUAUUAGUUAUUUAAAGCUAAAUACAUAUCAGGCUGUAUGUGUACAUCUAUUUCUGUCGUCUGUACUAUCCUUUUGUUUUUCAGUUUGUGGAUUUGUCUGAAACCAUUAUGGAAUUUGUACUUAGAAAUCCCUUUCCAGCGGGAAAAAUCAGUUCGCUCUUUAUAAGAGCUUUCGAAUCAUGAGAAAUGUGAUUAUAUACAUCUUUUUUUUUAAUCCGACUGGAUGCAUUUCUAUUUGCACAGUUGUUACGCUACGCUUUCAAAGCAAAUGUGUAGUGAAUGAUAGACAAGUAGGUUAACAUGAAAUGUAUCUAAUGUAUCUUAUAUCAUCUUUGGAAGGUGGAAUAUGUUGCACCAGUGUUAUUCAGCUCUGUCACUUGGUUCUAAAUGACCGACGAUUUUGGAAUUAAAAAAAAGGAGUGUUCUCAGAAAGCAAAUGAGCGAUUUUCAUGAAACUUCUGCGUAUAUUUGUAUAGAAACAAGUGUUCAACGGCCAAGAGACUUGAGGUUGCUGUUGAUAUCAAUAUCUACUCUACUCUAACAACAAAAAUAUCACCAAAGGUUGGUUUUUUGUCUCACCUGCAUAGCAGAGUGAGACUAUAGGCGCCGCUUUUCCGACGGCGGCGGCGGCGUCAACACCAAAUCUUAACCUGAGGUUAAGUUUUUGAAAUGACAGCAUAACUUAGAAAGUAUAUGGACCUAGUUCAUGAAACUUGGCCAUAAGGUUAAUCAAGUAUUACUGAACAUCCUGCCUGAGUUUCAUGUCACAUGACCAAGGUCAAAGGUCAUUUAGGGUCAAUGAACUUAGACCAUGUUGGGGGAAUCAACAUCAAAAUCUUAACCUAAGGUUAAGUUUUUGAAAUGUCAUCAUAACUUAGAAAAUAUAUGGACCUAGUUCAUGAAACUUAUACAUAAGGUUAAUCAAGUAUCACUGAACAUCCUGCAUGAGUUUCACAUCACAUGACCAAGGUCAAAGGUCAUUUAGGGUCAAUGAACUUUGGCCGAAUUGGGGGUAUCUGUUGAAUUACCAUCAUAACUUUGAAAGUUUAUGGAUCUGAUUCAUGAGACUUGGACAUAAUAGUAAUCAAGUAUUACUGAACAUCCUGUGCAAGUUUCAGGUCAUAUGAUCAAGGUCAAAGGUCAUUUAGGGUCAAUGAACUUUGGCCAAAUUGGGGUAUUUGUUGAAUUACAGCCAUAAAUUUGAAAGUGUGUUGGUCUAGUUCAUAAAACUUGGACAUAAUAGUAAUCAAGUAUCACUGGACAUCCUGUGCGAGUUUCAGGUCACAUGAUCAAGGUCAAAGGUCAUGUAAGGUCAAAGAACUUUGGCCACGUUGGGGGUAUUUGUUGAAUUGCCAUCAUAUCUCUAUAAGUGUAUUGGUCUAGUUCAUAAAACGUGGAAAUAAGAGUAACCAAGUAUCACUGAACAUCUUGUGCGAGUUAUAGUAGUUUUCAAAAUCAGCACUGCUGCUAUAUUGAAUCGCGUGAUGCAGGUGAGACGGCCAGAGGCAUUCCACUUGUUUAAUUUUAUGUAGCUGAUCUGUCAUUCUUAGUAUGGAAAAUAGCACAACAUUCUUUGUAAAAAAAACUUUCAUCUACUUUUAACAAUAUUUGUUUGUGUGUAUCUCCUGUUCAAAUGUUAGAAAUGAGAGCAUUCAUUUUGAAGCACAAAUUAUGAUAACUUAUAUCAAUUAUGUAUUCUAGUGACCAUGCCUCAUUUGGAAGUUGUGUUGUUUUCCACUUUCAUAGAAAGAUUUAGAUCUCAGGUAUUUUGAGGGCCUUUGCUCUAUCUUUCUUAUAGCAAUAAACCUCUCUCUAACUCUUUCUUCGUGUAUUAUUGUAUCUAGAUGAAGAGCCCUCUCACUAAAUAAUAUGGUAUACUGAGCAACAGCGACAUGUAACUCGUAGAAUUCAUUUUGCAAAUGCAAUUUCAUUUACAUGUGUUUUGUCCUUGUUGUGUUUCAUUAAUGUUAACUUCUAAGUUAAAUAACUUAUGGCCGCUAUUUAUUUUCCGUGUGUUCCAUUUUAUCUUAUUUGUGAGGAAAUGAUUACUUGAACAGAUACUGCGAUAUUGAUAAAGUACACUUUUUAUCAGAAUUUAUCUAGUUGGCAACAUAGAAUCUCAAUGUUGAAUGCAAUACAAGUAUGUUAUUUAGAUGUAACCAUACAGAGUAUCUGUAUUCAUAGUUAGUCAAAGAGAGAAUUUAUUUUUAUAUCGAUUAAAAACAAUAAACGGUGGGAUUUGAUUAUAUUGUUUGUACCUCAUUGUCUUCAUGCAUUUGAAAUUAUUUGGAAAUAACAAAUUAUAUUGAAUUACAUUGAUAAUAUAGUUCUUACUCUCACAUAUAGGUCAUGUGUUUGUGAAAAGAUGAAAUUUGAAAGUACAGCUAUGUAUUUUUUUUUAUGUUCACGUCCAAGAUGUGAUGUUUGUGUGAGGUCUAAGAGAUAUUCGUGUAAACAAAAUUUAUUUAGUAUAAAUGUUAACAAGAUCUUUGUAUGUUAACAAUGAGUUUAUCCUUUAAUGUAUAUGUUAGCAGAAUGUACUUUCACUACUUUGCAUUUUGUAAGUAGUAUUAAUGCCCCAAAAUAAUGAAUUUAAGAGAGCAGUCACAAGUCUACCACAUGUAGUGAAUUUCAGCUGUACUGAGUCAUAUCAACAGCUUAAAACAUGUCAGCAUUGUUGGCCCAUAUUUACAAAAGAAACUAAACCAUUUGUUUAAUGAGAAAAAAAAGGACCCAACUCCCCUUUAUUGACUUACUGCCCUUUUGACAUUCUGCUACUAGUAAUCAUGUAAUAUUCCCAAUUCAUGUCAUAGUCGUAAUAUACUGUGUGCUUGUCCCUCAUGUGUAAAACGAAGAAUAAUAUCUUCUGUUAUGUAACCGUAAAUCUUGAAAAACAAUGCAAAUUUUAAUUUUGGAAGUACAUUCUUGAUUAUUUCAUUGCUGAUUUUAUUUUAUUUUAUCACUGCUGAGAAACUGUGUCCUCAUCUGUAUAUAUACCAUAAGAUGGAGAAGAAAAAAAAAACUGUCCAUGUCUUCAUGUACACAGUCAUUUUAAGAGAGAAAUAGUGGAACUAUAUUUCUAUAGAACCGUGGUGUAGGGUAUUUUCUUCAUUGGUUGUAAUUUGAGACUUUCUAAAUAAAACUUGUAACCUCUAUGAAUAA